GUUGACAGUGGCGGCAAGAUGGCUACUCUCGGAGAUGCAUCAGCCCCGGGGCUGAAUGGGUUAAUUCAACAGUUUACUGCCAUAACUGGAGCCACAGAGAGUGUAGGAAGACACAUGUUAGAGGCAUGUAACAAUAACCUAGAGAUGGCAGUCACCAUGUUUCUAGAUGGAGGGGGCAUCACAGAAGAGCCCAGUACAAGCUCCAGUUCAGCUGGUUCUUCUGGCAGCAGACAUCACCAUGUAGGGGAUGAUGUACGAGCACCAAUCCCUCAGAAACAAGACAUCUUAGUUGAGCCAGAGCCUCUGUUUGGAGUACCAAAAAGGCGAAGACCAGCACGGUCCAUAUUUGACGGCUUCCGGGACUUCCAGACUGAAACCAUCAGGCAGGAACAAGAAUUAAGGAAUGGAGGUGCUGUGGACAAGAAGCUCAGCACCCUUGCUGACCUGUUCCGCCCCCCCAUCGAGCUCAUGCACAAGGGCAGCUUUGAGACGGCAAAAGACUGUGGUCAGCUGGAGAACAAGUGGCUUAUGAUAAACAUCCAAAACGUUCAGGACUUCGCCUGCCAGUGUCUAAACAGGGAUGUGUGGAGCAACGAGGCAGUCAAAACCAUCAUCAGAGAGCACUUCAUCUUCUGGCAGGUCUACCAUGACAGCGAGGAGGGUCAGCGCUACAUCCAGUUCUACAAGCUCAACAAGUUCCCUUACAUUUCCAUUCUAGACCCCCGUACAGGUCAAAAGAUGGUAGAGUGGAACCAGCUGGAUGUUUCUGCAUUCCUAGACCAAGUGACAGGGUUUCUGACAGAGCAUGGCCAGCUGGAUGGGUUGUCCACUCAGCCUCCUGCCAAACGAGCCCGUUCAGAGAGUUUGAUUGAUGCGAGCGAGGACAGUCAACUUGAGGCAGCGAUCCGAGCGUCUCUGCAGGAAACGCACUAUGAGUCGACUCAUGUCAAGCAGGAAUCGCGCUCCGACGAUGAAUCGGACGCCGAGGCCUUCUCCGACAGUGAAGGCCUCAUUUCGGUCGAUGGCUCGGACAACGAGGGGGCAGGCGGGGAGGACUCUUUGGACAGUCGUGCGCCAUCAGACCCAGUUCUUCUAACCACUCAGCCCAGCAGGCAAGAAAGUCCUGCCCACCACAGGAAGAGUCCACACAAAGAAUCCAACCACAGAAAAGAGGAGGGCAAGAAGAAUCAGCCGGAACCUCCUGGGCCCAGCCACAGACGGCUAGAGGCCCAGCAGACACGAGAGCAAAGCCACAACUCUACAGCACCCCACACCUCCCAGUCUGCCAGUAUCAGCAGUUUAGAGAUCGAAGACAAUGGUCCAAAAGCCCGCCUAAUGCUGAGGUACCCAGAUGGCCAGAGGGAACAGAUAGCAUUGUCUGCUAAUGCAAAGCUCUUGGCCCUGGUGAGACAUGUCCAGUCGAAGGGUUACCCAAACGAACGUUUCGAACUCGUCACCAACUUUCCCCGACGGAAGCUUGCCCACUUGGACUAUGAGAUCACGCUGCAGGAAGCAGGGCUGUGUCCGCAGGAGACUGUGUUUGUGCAGGAGAGGAACUAGCCCCUCCCUUUGCUCACCCCUCCUCUGCUGCCCUGUCCUCCGCGCUCCUCAGAGAUGGGACGGACCAUGCCCUCUUACUCCUGGUCCUCUUCCAGAAUGCCCUGGCAAAUGGCCCACUGUAGAUGGACCACAGUUCAUAUUUAUUUGUGAAUAACUCAACGCCCACCUACUCAGUCUGUGGCUCUUCCUGCUGGCAUUGGUUUUCAAGCAGUGUGGAACAGGUUGAGAUAAGAUAAUACUGAAUGCCCAGUAAACAGUAACAAUAAAGUACAAAUUUUGAUGUUGCCUGACCCCCACCCCCCAAGUGACUUCAGACUGAUUGACAGAUGGCUAUAUUUGGCGAACACAACCCCUUGCCCUCUUUUUAAUCAUGAACUCAACGUUCUUCAAGGUCUUGAACCCUUUGCUCGUUUGUGGUCUACAGCUAUGUUUUUUUUUGGUGACACAUCAAGCUGGGGUCAAUGGACAUGGGCUCAGGUAAUGUAGGGGUGGGUCUUUGGACCUUCUAAUAUAAAAUCUGCACUGUGCAGGGAAGGGGUAGGGCGUUACAUUUAGUUAUAGUGAGUUUCUGUCUGUUUCUCUUUUUAUAUGCUGCAUCAUUUCCACAAAAAAUGUUGAUUCUCAAAUAUAACCAUGAAAAAGGGACAUGAACCCUAA